AUGGUGAUUCGAGAUCCCUUCAAUAUCCACAAAAAAGGUUCGGCCGUCUCGAUUCUGCGUGCUACUGCCACCCGUGCAGCAAUCGGGAUAACCGAAAAGGCGGUUGAGGCGGGCAUAAACGCAAUAGAGCAGGGCAAGAAAACAGCCGAAGAUAUGGCCUUCCAGCUCCCUAAAAACAUGCCCUCUUUCUCCAACCCGCAAAGGGCCCUUGAAGAUCAGAACUGGGGCACGGGUUCUGCCUCGUCUUUAUCCUCACGCUUCGGCGCAAAAUCCCAGACCCUCCCAAUGUACAAAGACAAGCCAUAUGCCUACCCGCCCUCGCAGCGGUCGCGCGCCAUAUGGCUGCGGAAGCGAGUCGCCGCCAUCAUCUUCCUAGUCAUUACCAUCCUCUACUACCUGGGCGCGUUCACCUCGAGUCACGACACCCAUUCCAAGCGGCCCUCCUGGACCUGGCUCAAGGGCUCCGAAAACGAGAACAAGGUCGACUGGUCCAAGAGGAGGGAGCGCGUGGUGGAGGCCUUCGAGCUAAGCUGGGAUGCCUACCAUCGAUAUGCUUGGGGCUAUGAUGAGUUUCACCCCAUCUCCAAGAAAGGCAAACAGAUGGCCCCCCACGGCAUGGGCUGGAUCAUCGUCGACGCUGUGGACACUAUGAUGAUUAUGAACCUGACAUCGCGGGUCACGCAGGCGAGGGAAUGGAUCUCCAACUCACUGUCCUACGAUCAGGACCAGGAUGUCAACACCUUUGAAACCACCAUUCGAAUGAUCGGUGGCUUGCUCUCGGCCCACUAUCUCUCCAACGAAUUCCCCCAGUUGGCUCCCCAAACAGAUGACGACCCCGGUGCUCCUGGCGAGGAUCUCUACCUGGAGAAGGCAAAGGAUCUUGCAGACCGCGUUAUCGCCGCUUUCGACAGCGAGUCUGGAAUUCCUUAUGCCAGUGUCAACCUGGCAAAACUUGAGGGUAUUGCGGCCCACGAUAUGGGAGGAGCUUCUUCGACAGCUGAGGCCACGACACUGCAGCUUGAGUUCAAAUAUCUUGCCAAGCUGACAGGGGAAAAGGAUUUCUGGGACAAAGCCGAGAAAGUCAUGCAAGUGGUGGACGACAAUGGCGCCCAGGGCGGCUUGGUCCCCAUCUACAUCAACGCUGAUUCUGGUCAUUUCAGUGGAAACAACAUCCGGCUGGGAAGCCGAGGAGAUUCUUACUACGAGUAUCUCAUCAAGCAGUACCUUCAGACGGAGAAGGCGGAGCCCAUCUAUUUGGAUAUGUGGAAGGAUACCAUGAAGGGUAUCCGUCAGCAUCUAAUAACUUAUACAGAACCUUCGGGCUAUACCAUCAUUGGCGAGCGUCCAAGUGGUCUGAACGGAAAUCUAUCGCCAAAGAUGGACCAUCUGGUCUGCUUCAUGCCUGGCACCAUCGCCUUGGCUGCGACGGGUGGCUUAACGGAAGCUGAGGCGAAGAAGCUCCCCACGUGGACUAAGCAGGACGAGGCAGAUAUGAAGCUCGCAAGAGAACUCAUGCAAACCUGUUGGGGCAUGUACAAGUGGAUGGCGACGGGCCUGGCCGCAGAAAUCACCUACUUCAACAUCGCAGACCCGCCGGCAGCCUACGACGAGUCUCAUGAGUCACCUCGUGAUGAUUUCGAUUCGGAUCCGCAUGCUACCUGGCGCAAAGAUUUUGAUGUCCACGCCAUGGAUCGCCACAACCUGCAGAGGCCGGAGACAGUCGAGUCACUAUUUUACAUGUGGCGGAUAACUGGGGAGCAAAAGUACCGAGACUGGGGCUGGGACAUGUUCAAAUCUUUCAUGAACUAUACCGCAGUCGAGGAGGGCGGUGGCUUUACCAGUUUGUCCAAUGCCAAUGAGAUCCCGCCCGCUACCAAGGACAAUAUGGAAAGCUUUUGGCUGGCCGAGACAUUGAAGUACUUCUAUCUCCUCUUCUCGCCCAAUGAUCUGCUUCCUCUGGACAAGGUUGUCAUCAAUACGGAGGCUCAUCCUCUUCCGCGAUUCCAGAUGGGUCAGCUUUUCUCGACAGGCUGGCAACGGAAGCCGAGAGGCGCCGAUGGCAAAAUCAUUAAGCCAUCUCACAAAGAAACGUAA